GGGUUUUAGUUCAAAUGUUCCCAACAAAUGGUCCCACCUAGAUCUGAACCGUCUAGAACUUUCUAAGUGAUGGACUGGCGGGAAGUGGGAAAAAUUCAGGAACCAUAUGGCGGGAAUACCUCGCUUUUAUAAGAAAACCCUUAUCCGAAAUUCCAUGAAAUUUUUUCCAUUAACUAUUAAUUCUAUUUGAGUAUAUUUUGGUUUGUUGAUUGAAUCUGCGUUUGCUGUAUAUAUGGGGAAGAGGAAGAAGACGGCUAGGGCUAGUGAAGAAGACAUGAAGGAAGAUACCAUGGCUUCUUCUUCCCAUAACAAGAGUCUGUAUGAGAUUCUUGGUGUUGAAAGAACAGCAUCUCAACAGGAGAUAAAGAAGGGAUAUUACAAGUUGGCUCUGCGCCUUCAUCCAGAUAAGAAUCCUGGAGAUGAGGAAGCCAAAGAGAAAUUUCAACAGCUGCAAAAGGUGAUAGCAGUUCUUGGUGAUGAAGAGAAACGAGCACUCUAUGAUCAGACCGGCUGUGUUGAUGAUGAUGACCUGGCUGGAGAUGUGGAGAACUUGAAGGAGUUUUUUCGAGCUAUGCACCCAAAGAUCACUGAGGCCGACAUCGAAGAGUUUGAAGCAAAUUAUAGAGGAUCUGAGUCAGAGAAGAAGGACUUAAUUGAUUUGUAUAACAAGUAUAAGGAUAAAAUGAAUAGGCUCUUUUGUUCUAUGAUUUGCUCUGACCCCAAGUUAGAUUCACACCGUUUCAAAGAUAUUCUGGAUGAGGCAAUAGCUGCAGGGGAGCUCAAAUCAACCAAAGCAUAUGAAAAAUGGGCAAAGGAAGUGUCUAAAACAAAACCACCUACUAGUCUGCUGAGGCGGAGGGAAAAGUCAAAGAAAGGAUCAAAAUCAGAGGACUUAUGUGCUAUUAUUUCUCAAUGCCAAAAUGAACGGAAAGGCAAGAUGACCACGAUGUUCUCAUCUCUGAUUAGCAAAUUUGGUGGGGAUCCAUCUGCUGCAGAGCCCAGCGAGGAGGAAUUUGAAGUAGCUCGUACAAAACUAGAGAGUAGAAAGAACUCCAAGAGGAAGAAAAUGUAAUAUAUUGUGUUUUUAGACCUUGCUGCAAAAGUUGUCAAUGGCUUAAUGCUACUAUUUAGCCAUUUUUCAGAAAUCAUUAGGUAUUUUGACGUUUUUGUACAUUUGACGGUAAAUGUGGAAAGCUUUAUUUGCUUA